GGGCGGGGGCGGGCAGCCUCUGGCUGGAGCCCAACCACCGGGGUGCGGGAGGGAGAUAGGAAGGCUCCUGUCCACCCGCACACCUUCCCCCAGUCUCAGGAACAGGCCAGGAGCCACUGCCAUGGCUGUAGGCAACAUCAACGAGCUGCCAGAGAACAUUCUACUGGAGCUGUUCACCCACAUACCGGCCCGCCAGCUGCUGCUGCGCUGCCGACCUGUCUGCAGCCUCUGGCGAGACCUCAUUGACCUGGUGACCCUCUGGAAGCGCAAGUGCCUUCGAGAGGGCUUCAUCACCGAGGACUGGGACCAGCCGGUGGCUGACUGGAAGAUCUUCUACUUCCUUCGAAGCCUCCGAAGGAACCUCCUUCACAACCCAUGUGCUGAAGAGGGAUUUGAGUUCUGGAGCCUGGAUGUGAACGGAGGUGAUGAAUGGAAGGUGGAAGAUCUCUCCAAAGACCAGCGGAAGGAAUUCCCCAAUGACCAGGUUCGCAGCCAGGCCAGACUGCGGGUCCAAGUACCAGCUGUGCGUUCAGCUCCUGUCGUCGGCCCACGCACCCCUGGGAACCUUCCAGCCAGACCCCGUAACGAUUCAGCAGAAGAGCGACGCCAAGUGGAGGGAGGUUUCACACACAUUCUCCAACUAUCCUCCCGGCGUCCGCUACAUCUGGUUUCAGCACGGAGGCGUGGACACUCACUACUGGGCCGGCUGGUACGGCCCGAGAGUCACCAACAGCAGCAUCGUCAUCAGGCCCCCACUGCCCUGAUGCCCCCCGAACCCCUAUCCUCGGAGCCCUAAUUGGUAAACAGCUGUCAGAAAGGGCCAGGCUCGGGAAGUGUGGGGGAGGGGGGUGGAAGCCAGGCACUCCCAGACCUGUUUGUCUUUGCCCCCCAGCUGCCUCCUCUGUGUCUGGGCCACACUCUUCUCUCCAAAGGCUGGCCCUCCAGCAAGGUCACCCCUUUAAGGGGUGCAGUGCCUGAGGUUAGGUGGAUACAAAAGUUAUCAGGGAGAGAGCCCCAAGCUCGAAUGCUUGCCCAGAUCUGUCUGUACCUCUGCCCUUUGUUCUCCUUCAGGGCCCUUAGAGCAGAGAUGAGUGAGACACCUGACAGGUUUGGGGACUGCCUUUGACGAUGCAGACGUUGAGGGGCAGAUCUGGGAUAGAAGGCGGCUCUGCUGGCCAGACCUUAGCCUGGUUGUCAGCUGCGGCUUCUGUCUUGGCUAUCUUCCUUGCUUUGGCUUGGAAGUGAGGCCUGGUACCAGAUAGGCAGGUAGGAUCAGACUGUCCUUGUCAUCAGCAAAACCCAGAAAGCCAGGUGGGUACCGAUGAGUGCAGGGCUCCCCAGAGAACCCAUGUAAUCCCACUCAGGAUGCGGGGGCAGGAUGGACCUUGAUUCUGAGAGCUGAAAUGGGGAAACCAAGUAGAGGGACCUGGGCAAGUUCUCUACGGCUUGGAGAUGUCCGAGCCCCAACACUGUUGGAGCGUCCAUUCCCACACUGUCCCCUGACCCCAGGCCACCCCAACCCUCCUACUGCACAGCCAAAUAAAACAUUUCCCAGCCUC